UGUUCAAUUUGCGACAUCCUUCAUUGCUCUGGCAGCUCUUUGCAGCUGUCUUCCUGAUAUCUUCUCUACUUUUUGUACUUACACUUCUUCAUGACCGAUAUCUAUACGUCCCUCGGAGUCUCGCCCAGGAAGAAACGUCAACUCAUUAGUUCAGACGACGAGACUACUUUCACUCCCAAAAAGCUUCGAACUGCGCCACCUACACCGCCCUCCUCUGCUCACAAGGGCAACAAACUAAAUCACACGUCCUUACCACCCCAUAUUUCACGACUCAACACGAUUCAAACAGCCUUACAACAUGCAUUAUCACAUGCGCUAGCAACAUGUGCCGUGUCUCCAUCUUCUGACACGGGCAUAGUGCGUAACGUGCUCAAUCAUAUGUCCAUCAUGACUUACUCUGGACUCACAACCAAAUUCGACACUGAUGAUCUCAAACGCCUUUGCUGGAUAUGGGAGUGGGAUGCAGCUUCACUUCCCGACAUUAAAAGCAAUGACAAGGCGAUUGAUGAUGACAACCCGUUCUUAGAUGCUCCUGCACAGCCUCCUGCCAAGGACUGGACGCGAGGCGCGAUGGGAUUGGUCAUCAGCCCAACUAGCCAUUAUUCCAAGAGCGCAGGUAAACGCGUGCCUGUAUAUGGUAUUGGCAUCGAGGUUGAGAUCAAUAUCGACAAAGAUAUGGGGGGUGGCAUGGCCGCUGUGGCUCGAUGGACCGCCGAUGCAGAGAAGCGACGAAUUGAGUUUCGGAAUAAACUUGAGCGCUGGGUUAAGCUCCACCCCGAUUUUUCAGAUCUGCCAAAUGUCCCUUUGGCAGAUCUCCCGGAGCUUGUAACUACAGUCAAGGUGUCCUCGCUGACUCGUGUGCUUGCUUCUGCCUCGCCUAAGAGUGCCUCGAUUCUCAGGAAUAUGGUUCCAUCCAGUCCGACCUCACCGGCGAAGUCGCCUGUAAAGCGUUCGAUCGCUGCCCAUGAAUUUGCAGUACCUUUUCCUGCGAUUAGUCCAUUAAAGCCAGCCACUGCAUCAACAUCGAAAUCUUCCACUGCAUUUCCUCAGACACCAUCAUCGCGUCAGAGACGUGCAGAUCUUUUGGUUGGUCUUCUGACCCCCAAGACUCCUGCGCGUCAUAGGGGCGAGAGUGAUGCAUCAGACUCUCUACCUAUGACACCUGUCCAUCAACGAGGUGUCAACGCCGAGACUGCACCGUCAACUCCGAGUUCAUCACGUCGUCAAGCCUUAUACGACCGUAUUCGUCAGAAGUCUAUCACCACCAGUCCAACCAAAGCAAAGAGCGCGGAAGUCGCAGGAGGAAAACUCUCCAGGGAGCAGAUCCAGAAAAUGGGUCAGGAAGAGAUCCGACGACGCUGCCUACUCGGCCGCUUAGGUGGUGUCGCCGAGAGUGCCUGGAUGCUGUUCUCGGCUCCUGUCGGACCGACUUCCACACCAACAAUUCGCAAACGCAAAGCUCUUCCGGCCUCUGAGGUCGCAGCUGCGAUCAUCAAAUCUUCCCCUGUGCCGAUGUCAACUCUAGAAGCCAAUGAUUCGUUGAAACUGCUCACGACACUUUGUCCGUUCUUCCUCCGACCCCUGGAUAUCGCUGGUAAAGAAUGGCUCGAGAUGCCACCCACGUCAUCAGUGCAGGACUCCGAUAAUGGCACUGGCAGCAAAUCCAUACCCUCAAGUCCAACUAAGAAGCUCGUUGGCAGCAAACUUGUCCCACCACCCAGUCCAGGUGCACGAUCGUCUUCUAGUAUGGGUCCACCACCCAGUCCUGGCUCUCGCGCGAAACUCGACAGCGCCGAAAUACUCACACGAAGUCCCAGGCGAGUCAAACGUGAAAUAGGCGGCCUCAGAGAAGUGAGGGAGAUUAUUCGAAGGGAGCUGGAGCUGCAGGAUUAGCUCCAGAUCAGUGCUCAUCUUAUUCUAUUUCUAAUUCUAUCAGUGCCUUUCCUCCAACCAUUACUUGCCUGCCGUCGCUUUGUUAACUUUUUCAGCUAUGUAUAUAAACAAUAGCCGAUUUUCAAUGUAUACCUUGCUGCACCCAGA